UAUAAUUCCGUCAAGUCUGUAUGCAAUUGCAGCGGAUACGGGUUCCACCGGUCUGGGAAGAAGGAAAAUGGCGGCGUCUCUAACUGCUGCUGGGUUGGCAAAAAAUCCUUGUUUUCUCCGUAGGCAGAUCCUUAAAUCCCCUUUCUAUCCGCCAUUAAGUUAUGUUCGAGGACCUAGAAUAGUUUUCAUAAGACGGGUAUUCUUCAGUUAUGCCAUCAAGGCCUCUAAAGCUCCCGAAACAAAAGCAACUGGUUCUUCUCCUGGCUUGUAUUCCGCCCAGACAUUUGAACUCACAGCACAGAACGUGGACUUGGUUCUCGAGGAUGUUCGGCCUUACCUAAUUUCCGAUGGAGGCAACGUUGACGUCGUCUCCGUCGAAGAUGGAGUCAUCUCUUUAAAGCUUCAAGGAGCAUGUGGAAAUUGUCCUAGCUCCACAACCACCAUGAAAAUGGGAAUUGAACGAGUAUUGAAGGAGAAAUUUGGAGAUGCAAUUAAGGAUAUUCGCCAAGUCUUUGAUGACCAACCAAGUGAGACAACUGUUGAGGUGGUGAAUAGUCAUCUUGAUAUACUAAGACCAGCCAUAAAAAACUAUGGCGGGAGUGUGGAAGUGCUAUCUGUUGAGGGAGGGAAUUGCCUCGUGAAGUAUGUUGGCCCUGAGUCAAUUGGAUCAGGAAUCAAAGCAGCUAUUAGAGAGAAGUUCCCAGAUAUCACAGAUGUUGUGUUUAAGAGCUAGAUUGCCGUCAACCAAGUAGUUAGGGAGUUGAACUCUCACAAAAUGACAGAUAUGUUGUCAUCAGGUGAGAGAGCACUCUGUAUUACACAAGGUUAAGCUUAAGCAUACAGUGUCAAACAGAUUUAUCGAGUAUGCAAGUGCAUAUAUGUAUACAUUCCUUAAUGAUUUAUGCAGGCCUUUCAAUGUUACUGAUACAUAAAAUUGAGCUUUGGCCCCAUUACACAUUAAUGAAAUUACAAAGUUGUUAAGUAUCA